AAUCAAUGGAAGCAUUAAUCUGAGCUAUUGCAGUGGCAGCCACUGUUUACACCUCUCUCCCAAACGCCGUCGUUUUGCUCCGCCACCGCCGCUUCCUUCUCGAACCUUCCACCAUGUCGAUUCGCGAUUCCGAAUCCUUCAAUUGGCACUCCGACGCGGAGCUCGAAGACCAGGACCUCCAUAUCCGCGGCCAGAAGCUCUUCUUCAUCGUCGUCCUUUUCUCCAUCGUCGUCCUCUUCACCGCGCUCUUCCUCUUCGCGCGACGGAUCUGCCACCACCACGGCCUCCUCUUCGACGCCGUCCCACCGCAACAGGCGCCGCCGACGCUUCCUUCUGAUGACGGCCUCGACGCCGACGCGAUCAAGCGGCUACCGAUUAUCCUGCACCAGCGCACGGCGGCGGAGGAGACGGAGUGCUGCAUCUGCCUCGGCGCGUUCGUCGACGGCGCGAAGCUGAAGGUUCUCCCUGGAUGCGAGCACAGCUUCCACAGCGAGUGCGUGGACAAGUGGCUCGCGAAUCACUCCAAUUGCCCUCUCUGCAGAGCUUCGCUGAAACUCAAUCCUUCGUUACCGAGGAUUUUGAUCCAAUCGCCACCCGUUAGAACAACGCUUCCUCUCUGAUACUUUUUUUCAGUUCAGAUUAGUAACUUAGAAACAGUUGAGUAGUUCUCACUUGUUUUGGAUCAUAUUUUGCAUGUGUAAAUCCUUGUAAGAACUACUAAUGAAUCGCCGAGAAAUAUUCAUAGUUCUCAAACAUUUUCUUUCCUUUC